UAAACAGAAGCAGCCCGCGCCGGCAGCACAAUGCAGGCAGUCUGUCCAAGUCGAUCCACAGGCCAAAACAGCAACAUUCCCAGCAGCAGCCUCACAAGGGAGCGAAGGCCGGCACGAAUGUCCGCUCCAGACCAGCACAGUCAGCCUUGUGAAGAGAGGGCUUGCAGCAAUGGCGGAGGAGGAUUGCGGGAGCCGCUACGGAGAGCUGAAGGUGGGCAGUCCAUGUCUGAGGUACCCGGGCCCCGGAAGACAGAGCACCCGGGGCCAUCUCAGAUCCCUCGGGCCGUGGCUGGCAGCAGUGUGAGCCUCCCCAGCAAAGACAGUCCCUCACGCAGCCUGUCCUCAGACAGUGAACGGGGGCCACGGAGCGAGCGAGGCCCUAUUCCCAGGCUUCAGUCCUCCUUUACUGGCCGUCUGGGUCAACCGCCCCGUGGGCCUCUGUCUUUACACAUGUACAGCCGAAAGAACAUCUUCCUGCAGCACUCGCUCCACACAGCCGAACUGCAGGCUCUUGCUCAGCAGGACGGUUGAAAACACACACACACACACACCAAACACUGACACAUGCCUCAGAUGGAUGUGACCUCUUGGUGCAGUUCCUCAGUGACCGCAAGUACCUACAGACCCACUUGUACUCAGUUACAUUCAAGGCUGUUUUUCAUCUCAAACCUCAAACAAACUUUAUCCACACACUGAGACUCAUCUUAUCCUUUGUGGAGUUAAAGUAAUCAUCUGUAUUCCAGUCCGUCGUCUGCACUACUUAAGCUUUUUUGAAGAAAUAGUAUAUGCUGCUCCGAUAAGUACUUUAGAUUGACGGUGCAUUUAGGUGAGAGAUUGACUCGCAACACUAUCACAUUGUACAGCUCUGCUGAAAUGCUAGAGACGAUGUCAACAUUUUGUUUUGCAUUAUAUUAUUAAAAGAAAUCCAGGGUCCAACAUUAAUACUUACCAAGACUCAAAUUGUGAAAAAAAUGGUUUUGGCAAGUUAAUUGAACAAUUUGGUAACACGGUAACUCCAUUAUGAACUAUAACAUAGUGAUGUAAGUGAUCAAUUAAAAUUCGGACAUAAGAACAUUCUAUUAAAAACAAAAGUUUCUUGUGUUUCUCCAGAUCUCCAUUUGGUGACAAAUUACAGUUCAGAUGUUUGGAGAUUUUUUUUUUUUUACGUGUCUUGAAAGAAGUUGGUUUUGCUCACCAAGGCUGCAUUUAUUUAAGAUUGUGAUAAACAGUAAUUUUUUAAAUAUUAUAAUUUUAAAUAACUUCAAUAUAUUUUAAAAUGUAAUUUAUUGCUGUGAUGGAAAACCUAAUUUUUAGCAGCAAUUAUUUUAGGUUCCACUGUCACAUGAUCCUACAGAAAUCAUUAUAACAUGCUGAUUUGCUGCUCUAGUAACAUUUCUUCUUUUUUAGUCUAAUGACUAAAUUUUUUCAAGGUUGAAAUCUGUUGUGCUGCUUAAUAUUUUUAUUUUAUUUUAUUUUAUUUUAUUUUUUUCAGGAUUGUUUUAUACAUUUAUUUGAAAUAUAAAUCCUUUGUAAUAUUGUAAAUGUGUGCACAGUCACUUUCGAACAAAUCAACUGAAUGCAUCCUUGCUGAAUAAAAAUAAUCCCUAAAUAAUCUGAAAAAAAAAACAAAAAACAUACUGUCCCCAAACGUUUGAACAGUAUAUUUGAUGUAUGUAGAAAUGUUAUUCAUAUUAAGCCACCAUAAUCAAAAUAUUGUGGACAAAAUCAUGUUUUUGUGGAAGAUGUGAGAAACUGGCACGUGAGUGAAAAAAAAAAUAAUAAUAAUUUUGUAUUGGUGCUAAAAAUACAGCUUCAUGAAGAGUACCAAAAAUUUUUGGCCGGUUUCUCAAUUCACCCACCAGUAGUGUGCCAAAAAGUUAAUUUUGGACCCUGUAGAACCUUUAUUAAAGUUUUCAAAACCUUUUUAACUCCAA